GGCUGAGGGUAAGGGGAGAAGAGGGUGGGAUCGAAAGUUGGAGUAGAGUUUAGCUUGGAGAAACGCAAGUUACAACUGGGGCGGGACUGCGGCUAAGGAAGGGCGGGACUUAAAAGGCCUGAGCUUGGCAAGGGAGUGGUAGAGCUAGAUGCCUGGAAGGAGUCCGAGUUCCGAAAGGGGACGGGGUUAGGGCGCAGGGAGGAGGACAGAAAAGGGAGAGCGGAGCUAAGCGCCGGUACAGGUAUAACAUCUGCCUGGCCAGCCUGGCGGGUGUCGGCUGAGCCGAGACUUAACGUUUGAGAAAAAUCGAGGUAUUGCGUGCUUGGGGCGGGCCCAGAGCCAGGUGGGGGCGGGGUCAGACGCUGUGAUUAAGCCUUAGGUUGAUGAUGGUUGGCCGGAGGCUGAGGAGGGGGCGGGCUUACAACGCGGAGGAAGCCCGCCCGCGCGGGGGCGUGACUACGCUGGCGGGGGCGGGGUUGGACGAGGGAGUGUUAGAGCGCGAAGGCGGUCCUCCGGAGGGGGCGGGCCCAAGGGGCGGGUCCUGUGUGGGCUGUGGCGCUGGGCCGAGUGGGCUGCGGGGAUGCGGGGCACGAGCUGCGUGGGUGGCGGCGGCGAGAGCCCGGGUGGCGCGGGGCUGAGCGAAGGCCCGCGGGGCCGCUGGCUGCGCCUGGCUCCUGUCUGCGCCUACUUUCUCUGCGUGUCGUUGGCUGCCGUGCUGCUCGCUGUCUAUUACGGUCUCAUCUGGGUUCCCACGCGGCCCCCUGCGGCCCCAGCCGGCCCGCCGCCCAGCGCGCAGUCCUCUCCCUGCGGCGCCCGCGCGGGUGCUCUACCUGCCUCGGUGCCCGCCGCUGCGUCGGUCUCUUGUCUCCUGGGAGCCCCUGGCGGGCCGCGACCCCACCUCGAGCUGCCGCACAGCCGCCGCCGCCGCCGCCACAGCGACCCCAGCCGCCGCUCGAGCCGCCAGACGCCGGGGGAGACGCCGGAGGCCGCGGGGGGCGAGGACCCGGGUAACCCUCCUUUUCACCCAAGAUGGACCGCCGGCCCUCGAGAGCCCGGCGCCCCCGCCGCGGAUGCGCCGUUCCCGGAUUGGGGUCUGGCUCCCUCUUCAUGACAUCGUGUAGCGUCUCCGGAGCCGUCAUCCUGAAGAAUGGGGGGCGAAGAGGGGCUGGCUCUGGGCCUCGCCCCUCGCAGCUUCUCCGCCGUCAGGCCGGUCCUCCACCAUCUGGCCGACCGCAAACUGAUCUUUGCCUCCUGACCCUCCCUCUUUAGGAUUCUGAGUACAGAGUCUUCAGCCCGCCCCCCUUCUCCCUGAAUCUCCGUAUCCAUCUUCCACCUGCAAUAAACUCAGCCCCAGCUGC